GGCACCAACAUUCUUCAUUGCAGAAAUCAUUUUUUCGAAUAAUUAUUAGUUUUUCCUCGAUGACAUCUGUUGCCAACUCAUGCACAUUGAUUGCACCUCUGCUCAUAUUCAUUAUACUGAAGUUUCAAAUACACGUUGUUAGCUCCGAGCCACAGGUUCCCUGUUACUUCAUUUUCGGAGACUCGAUAGUGGAUAAUGGCAAUAACAAUGGCCUUGUAACUCAAGCCAAAGUGAACUACCCUCCCUAUGGUGUUGAUUUUCCAGGCGGAAUUGCAACAGGGAGGUUCAGCAAUGGCGAAAACACCGCUGAUAUUAUCGGGAAGCUUCUCGGGUUUGCGAAUUACACUCCACCGUUUGCAACUGCAAGAGGCAGGGAAAUCCUGGAAGGGGUGAAUUAUGGAUCUGGAGGAGCUGGAAUUCGUGCUGAGACGGGAAGAAACCUGGGAGAAAGGAUUAGCUUAGAUCAACAGCUACUUAAUCAUGGAAUCACAGUUUCACGAAUCAUCGGUUUUCAAGGAAACAAAACAUUCACAAAAGAUUACUUGAGCAAGUGCAUUUAUAUAGUUAAUAUGGGAAGUAACGAUUACCUCAAUAACUACUUCAUGCCGCAGCAGUACUCUUCAAGCAGAAUGUAUACACCAGAUGAGUAUGCAGAAGUCCUUAUUCGACAAUAUGCGAAACAGCUUGAGGCUCUAUACAAUUACGGAGCUAGAAAAGUUGCGAUUUUUGGACUUGGCCUUUUAGGUUGUACCCCAGCUGAAAUUUCAAUAUUCGGUGCAAAUGAAUCAGGGUGUGUUGAUGAAGUUAACGCGGCAGUUACAUUAUUUAACGAAAGAAUCAAGCCUCUCGUUGAUGACCUUAACAGCAAUCUAGCUGAUGCAAAUUUCAUCUUUAUCAAUAAUACUAAUCACUCCCUGGAAAGUCCUACUUCUGAUGAAAUUUCAGAUUCAAUGGUCUCCAGCACUCCAUGUUGUAUUGCUUCAGGUAGUUUUGGAAAGGGACAGUGUAAGCCAAACCUACCUCCCUGCAGUAACCGCGAUGUUUACAUUUUCUGGGAUGAAUUUCAUACUACGGAAACUUCAAACAGAGCAGGUGCAUUAAGAUCGUAUAUCGCUGCUUAUCCUAAAGACUGCUACCCGAUGGACAUUCGCAGCCUGGCUCUCUUAGGGAAUGAACCCAAGGUUGUGGUUACUCAGACAACGCAACAAUCAGUGGCUCUAGCGGAUGAAUAGAAGCUAUCAGGAGUGUAACAAAACAAUAAACGAAAUGUGGCUUCAACGCAAAUAGCUUCUUAUGGUGUAGACUACAGAUUUAUGUUAAAUAAAAUUCAUCAAGUUGUUGCAGAUAUAUAGAUAGGAAACAGAAGAAUCCGUGACAUUUUAAUACGGCUGUUAUUCGGACCCAAUCAAGUCAAAUUCAGUCCUUUUACGAGUUGGAGCUUUUUUUUUUUUUGACAAGUCUGAGUUGAGCUUUAAAAUAAUUAAGUCUCAAAUGUGAGAUGUAUGCCCGAGCUCGGCUCGAGU